AUGAGAAUGACUGAGGCUGUAUUUGCGGAGAGAAGCUGUGACAGGAUGAAAGUCUUUGAGAGCGACAGUCCUCACCCUGACGCCCCGCCCAAACCGCACAGCCCCCAACAUGCGCACGAAAACAACACCACACACACUCACCACGACGAGCGUGCACCCAGCGAGUGUGUGAAAGACCAGAGCUGCUCCUCUGACAUCAAUAACCAAACGCAGCCACCCCACUCCGCAGGACAGCUGAUGAGACGUUCUAAGUCGAACACGAAAGUAAAAUUAGUCCGGAGCUUGGCGGUGUGUGAAGAGUCGUCUCCGCCCACGAUCGCAGAGCCGCCGCAGCAACACCAGGAUAAAAUCCACUUGCAGCUCAGCCAGGCUUUAGAGAAAGAGGAACCAGCCAGUAGGGAUGAGGACCAGAGCGAGAAAAUCACGGACAAGACGGAGAGUGCCGACAGACUGCCAAGGAAAUCGCUGUCAAGAGACCCCAGUCAGGAAUACACGGACUCCACAGGCAUAGAUCUCCAUGAAUUUCUAGUCAACACACUGAAGAAUAACCCCCGGGACAGAAUGAUGCUGCUGAAACUGGAGCAGGACAUUCUGGACUUCAUCAGCAACAAUGAGUCUCAGAAGAGGAAGUUCCCCCCUAUGACAUCAUAUCAAAGGAUGCUGCUGCACAGGGUGGCAGCCUACUUUGGCCUGGACCACAACGUCGACCCGACCGGCAAAUCGGUCAUCAUCAAUAAAACCAUCAAUACGAGGAUACCGGAUCAGAAGUUUUCAGAGCACAUUAAAGGCGAUAAGACGGAUGAUUUCCAGAAGCGUUACAUCUUGAAGAGAGACAACCUCAGUCUAGACCAGGAGGAUGGCAGGCUUCGGAUGCGUCUGAAGGACGACAGGAGGAGUAAGUCUAUUGAGGAGAGAGAAGAAGAGUACCAAAGAGCGAGGGAGCGAAUCUUUGCUCAAGACGGACAAGAUCAUUUUCAGUUUGAUAAAAGAAUUCAGGAGGAUGUAAGCUGCAUUAGCACUCAGCAGAGGCGGCAAAUCUUCAGGUUGAGAGAUGGCCGUUUGGGGAAUAGUCGUCAGAGCAGCUCUGAGAAUGAGCCGAAAAGCUGCGAGCCUCGGCCGUGGAGCAGCACAGACUCAGACAGCUCCCACCGGAACCUGAAGCCCGCCAUCACCAAAGCCAGUAGCUUCAGCGGCAUCAGCCUGCUCAUCCGCGGAGACAGCUCAGCCAGCAGCAAGAGCACCAGCAGACUGUCUAAAACAGGUUCCGACUCUUCUAGUAGUGUAGGUUCGUCUACAGGCUCACUCCCUCGUCCCACCUUGUCGUUACCUGUCCCGCCAGUGAGCCAGCCCUGCCGUGUCCCGGCUGUGGCCUCAGCUGCGCCCCCUCCUGGCGGGCCUAUAGGGGCCAGCACCACCAUCCCGGCCUCUCAGAGCUCCACCGCCAAUUCAAGCACUAGUGCAAGUGCUAACACGAGCUACUACCUCCUUCCUCUGGAGGCCACGGCCAUCCCGCCGGGCAGCGUGCUGCUAAACCCUCACACAGGUCAGCCAUUUGUGAAUCCUGAUGGCAGCGCUGUGAUCUACAACCCCACCAUGACUUCACAGCAGGGGAGAGGCCAGCAGCCCAUGGCCCCGCCUCCACCGCCACCUCCUCCCCCUCCACCACAGCAUCAGCCAGGCAAUCACAUUCUGACACAGCUUUGUGGUCAGUCUGUGCAGUACUCAGCGAUUUCUUACCCUCCUCCGCUCCUGCCUGUUCCUCUAAACCAACACUACACUGUGCAGGACAGUUUGGGGAGCCAGUUUAGCCAAAUGAGUCUGGUUCAGCAGGCCUCCGGAGAAGUCUCAGAGACCCAGCCUGCUCUCUUCCCCCCCUCUAUGGUGCUCCAGAACCCACCCCCCUCUGGCUACAUGAUGCCCCAGCCAGGCCAGUCUGUCCCUGGAGCUGCAUAUCCACCACCAACCCCAGUUAACCAGUCCAUCAUCCAACAGCAAGGAUACAUACAGCAGCCUGUGCAGCAGAUGUCAGCAUGCUACUGUGCUCCUGGUCAGUAUUCCCACUCUAACCAGCACUACAGACCAGUUACACCAGUACACUACAGCACCCCCCAGAGCCAACCGGUACCACCCCAACAAACAGGUUACCAGGCUGUCAUGCCCAGUCAACCACCAAGCUACCAGAGCAUGAUGGGGUUGCAACAGCCUCAGAGCCAGUCGCUGGUCGGCAGCCAGGCUGGGAUGGCCAGUCAGAUUCAGGGUGUUAUGGUGCAGUACCCACCCGUCCAACCCUAUCAAGUGUCUGUGCCACAGGGGUCUCAGAGUGUUCCUCAGCCAGCCUAUCAGCAGCAGAUUGUCCUGCAGGGACAGACCAAUCAGGCGCCAGUUCCUUCUGCCAGCAUGCAGGUUUACUACAGCGUCCUGCCCCCAGGGCAGCACUCCACUGUUAGCUCGACUGUGGGCUUUCUGCCUUCACUGGGCUCAGAGCAGAUGCAGUUCCCCAGGGCCUCCUCCCCCUGCGGCUCUCAGCCAAUGCCAGGCCAGCAGUGUGCAGGUGUGCCUCCACCGCCCCCCAGUGGUGGCAUGCUGAUGAUGCAAUUAAGUGUCCCUCCCAGCCAGCAGCCCCGUGCUCCGUCCCCCGCCCAGUGGAAGCACAACAAAUAUUACAGCCUAGACCACCAGCACCACCACGGUCCCAAACCAGGCGAGCUCGCCCCACUCGAUGCCUCUCAGAGUAGUCCUCAGCUGGCUAGCCCCUCCCCAUCCCCUGCUCAUUCUCCCACUCCAGCUCACCUAGCCAAUCUAAAGGGAAUCCGUCAUGGCCUUGCCCCCCUUCCCAUCAUGCAUCAGUUUUCUCGUCCUUUCCUUCCAGGCCAAGGUGAUGGCAGGUAUCCUCUGCUUGGACAGCCUCUUCAGUACAACCCUCCCAUCAGACCUCCACUAAUACACGGCUCUCAUAUGGUCAAUCAUCACCACCACCAUCACCACCAGGUUUCUAUGGGUAUCCGUCAUGGGGGACGUGGCCGGAGACCCACAAAGAAAUCGCUGUCAACUGAUACGAGUCCAGGAGAGAUAGUGACUAGUCGUGUUCUAGAAGUGACGGACCUGCCAGCUGGCAUCAGUCGUGCGGAGGCGGACUCUUUACUCGGGGAGCUGGGUAAGGCAGGAGCUCUCAUCAAAUGGCUGCGGGAGCCCCAACCGCCCCAGCGCUUGGACUGCAGCGACACGAACUCUGACCCCUCCAAAGUGCCCCCCCACGACCUGGCGUCCACCUACACCAUCCUGGCCACGUUCCCCACCAGAUACGCAGCGCAGAGCGCACUGCUGAAACUGAACAGCUCCAUCACCACGUUCAGACUGAAAUCCAGCAAGAGACAUGACGAGGCUCACAUCCUAGAGAGAGCCAGCUCUCAGUGAGGCCACGCCCCCUCACUCCCCGGCCAAUCACCACCAUUGCCUCGGGCUCACUUCCUGCCAUCCUCACUCACUACUUUUGUUUUGUUUUUUUUGUUUUUGUUUGUUUGUUUGCACCACUGUGGUAAAAUAUGGACGGGUUUGAUACUGUUGGGGUUUUCACUCGGGUUUGUUAAUACAGGGAAGAAAAAAAGGAAAAAAAAAAAAAAGGAAUGGUGUUGUAACUGUUUGAAACGGGCAUAAUUAUCCAACUCGAAAUGUUAUUUAAUCGAACCAAAAACAAGACAUUUUGCAAUUUUCUAAAGACGCUAUGAUGCUUUACUACGAAGACAGCAUGGUGACUGGUCAUAUAGUAUAGUUUUGUACUGCAGAAGAGAAGCUUUGACAUGUGACAACAUUAAGUUCCCCCACCUCCAGCUGCCCCUGGACCACACGCACCGGCUUGCUCUUCGUCUCGUUUGUGACUCCUUGUUUGUUUAGGGGAGGAAAAAAACGAAGCCUGCUAAAGUUGGUACGUCUGCAAAACUGCAAACAAGAGAAAGCUUCUACUUUGCGUGCCUUCAGCCCCUCUUACACUGUUGCAGGAAAAUGCCACCGCCAACAGAGAAUAACGGAUGCCACCCAAAAACAAAAAUCUGUGGAUGAAUAAUAGAUUUUUCACUGGCAGAGUAAUUUGUCCUCCUUUUCUCUCAAAAGUUGUAAAAUGCCAACUUUAGUAAUUCUUCAGACUAGUUUUGUGUUUUAAUUUUAUUUAUAAGCAGACGAUGGCAGAUUUUAAAGAGGUCUUCACUCCAGCUCCUUCUCUCGCUCUUCCCCCAGAACUUUUAACUGUCUCAUAAGAAUGUUCACUCAAAGAUGGAAAUAAUUACACCUCAUACUUGCUCCUUUUUUGUUUUGUUUGUUGCAAAAUGUGUGGAUUAUGGAAGGCUGUAAAAUGUUUUUAUUUCAGUUUGAAACAAAUAAAUGUUUACACCAA